AUGAAGUCCACCAUUGCUGCUAUCCCCUUCCUCCUCAUGGGGACCUCCAUGGCUGCUCCUCUUGAGAAGCGCGCCUGUCCCAACAUUCACAUCUUCGGCGCUCGCGAGACCACCGCACCUGCUGGCUAUGGCUCAGCCGGCACAGUCGUCAACCUCAUCCUCAACGCACACCCCGGCUCCACUGCCGAAGUCAUCAACUACCCAGCUGCUGGAGGUAACAGCUAUGCCUCUUCCGUACAGGCUGGCGUGCAGGCUGUCACCAACCAGAUCAACUCUUUCGCUGCUUCGUGCCCCAAUACCCAGCUUGUUUACGUUGGAUACUCUCAGGGUGCUCAGAUUGGUGACGAUGCGCUUUGUGGAGGUGGUGAUCCCAACCAGGGUAUCAGCAACACUGCUGCUCCCAUCUCGUCCGCAGUCGGAAACAAAGUCAAGGCGGUCAUCUUCAUGGGUGAUCCAAGAAACAUUCCUGGUGGUCCCUACUCUGUCGGUACUGCAAAGAACCCUGGUGUAAGUUUAUCGUCAUUGAUGCCCAUUUCUUUUACUGAUGACGACCGUACCAGNUUCGAUCCAAGACCCUCAGGCUUCACUUGUUCUGCAUACGCAAGCAGAAUCCAGUCUUACUGUGACUCUGCGGACCCGUACUGCUCGAACGGAAACAAUGCCAAUGUUCACCAGGGUUACGGCCAAGAGUACGGCCAGGCCGCUCUCAAGUUCGUCAACAGCAAGCUUACCUGA